AUGAUUGCAUUAAAUGCACGUACAUUUCAAUUAUUAUCUGGAUUAUUUUCAAAGCGUUGGCAACAUCGUUUGAAACGUGAUAACGCAAAUUCUAGAAGAAGUCACUUGGCCUCGGUAGAAAAAGAAAUGGAGCUGCGCGCUAAAAUUAAAUUCUGUUUUAAAUUGGGUAAAAGUGCCGCAGAAACAUUUGAAUUGAUGAAAACUGUUUAUGGUAGUGAAGUACUGAGUCGUAAAAAUGUUUUUAAGUGGUAUGCAAGAUUUCGUGAUGGUAGAGACAGCUUAGAAGAUGAUCCAAGACCAGGUCAUUCAGUAACAGUUCGAAAUGAUAAGAACAUUGAAAAAGUGGCCAAAAUCCUACGAAAUGAUCGUUGUGACUCUACCCGACUCAUCGAAGAGGCUACUGGCAUACCUAAAUCCACUGUCCAUCUCAUUUUAACUGAAAAUUUAGGAAAAAGGAAAGUCUGUGCUCGCUUUGUACCGCACACAUUGACUGACGACCAAAAACAUUGCAGAUUGGAACACUGCAGGGACAUGCAACAAAAGCGGCCACUAGGGAUCCAAACUUCAUGGCAAACAUUGUAA